UAACACCUGAAUCAGGGGUGGCCCAUCCCUGAUUCAGAUGUUAGUGAUCAGAAUCGGAUCGGGAGCGAGGCGAGGGGGACGAGAUUGAACCGUCCCGCUCCUCAGGCACCAAUCCGUUGAAGGCGGAACGCGAAAGCGCACGCCUGAAUCGGCUGUAGUCGUUCUCGAGAGGCGGCACUCGGCCCUUUCUUCUCGCCCGGAGAGAGCCCAAGACGUUUUUCCCUCUUAAAGCGGCAUCAACGAGGAGAUGCCCUCGACGCCGCGCAGGUCCAGGAAACGCUGAAGCGGCGGCGCGCGGGAAACGCCAUUCAGAGGGCAGUUGGCGGGCGCUUUUGGCGGGAAAAGGAAGGCCCCGGCGGCCAUUGCGGCUGCGCGAGAGCUCCUGAGGGGAGCCGAGGACGCGAAGAAAAGAUGAUGAAAAUGCAACUCGUCUCCGGAGACCCCUCAAAGCCUCAAAGGAGCCCCCCCCGGGACUCCCUUUUAGCCAAGAUGGCCAAAUGCGAACCCUGUGAAAGAAGUUACGACAAUAUGGUUAAAAAGCUUGAGGACCUGAAUAAAGACUUAGAGAAGCUCCUAGAAGACAUAGAAAAAUUAUCAGUGCAGGCUACCUGGAUGGCUUAUGAUAUGGUGGUGAUGCGCUCUAACCCAGAGUUGGCCAACUCAAUGAGACAGCUUGAAAAUGCCUUUCUCACCUGUAAGGAGGAGAUGGAGAAAAACUGGCAAGAAAUGUUGAAGGAAACUAAAGGUGCUGAACAAAAAGAAUAAGUAUCAUUUAAACACUUUGGUGGAAGUUGCAAACCUUGGAAGAUUUGAUAUGAACAAACUAGUUAUUUCAAUAUUUCUAAAUGAAUUGGAAAAUACAUUUUCAAGAGAUGUG